UCUCACGCUCCCUCUGUGGUCGUCAAAAUCUUUGAUUUCAAUCUAUCAUAAUUGCGAAUAAAUAAUAUUUUUAUUGAUAUUUUUUUUUUUAUUCAAUUAGUUAAUCUAUUUAUUAUUCCACAUAUUAAAUAAAAUUUUAAAUGAACAGAUUAAUCGAUCUUUUGAAUUGGAUCUUAAAUUGAUAUAAGCUAUUUGUUUAUUAUAAAAAAAGUGGAAGCGCGUCUUUUUAACAAAAGAUCAACCGCGAGACGAAAAGCGUGGUUUAAUGAUCCGUGAUUUGACUACAAAAUUUGAUCUGGCAAAGUGGUUUACUUCAAAAAAAAAUUUUAAUUUAGAGGAAUUUUCUGUUUCUGAUAUUUAGUAUGGGCGCAUAUUUAUCUGAACCGGUGAAAGAAACACACUCGAUAGAUGAAGCAAAUGAAUUUUUACAAGUUGGAGCAAGCUCCAUGCAGGGUUGGAGAAUUAGUCAAGAAGAUGCACAUAAUUGCAUUUUAAAACUCGAUGAAAAUACUUCAUAUUUUGCCGUAUAUGAUGGACAUGGUGGUGCAGAAGUGGCAAAAUAUUGCUCUGAACACUUACCGAAUUUCUUGAAAAAUUUACAGUCUUUUAAGGAUGGAAAAUAUGAAGAAGCACUAAAAGAAGCAUUCCUAAAAUUUGAUAGCACAUUACUUGAAGAGAGUGUUAUAGAAGAGCUAAAAAGAAUUGCCGGUGAAAGAAAUCCCGCUGGAAAUAGUAGCAAUAUUGUGGAUGAAGAAGAAGAAGAAGAUUUAGCGGAACUAUGUCAAGAGGGAUCACUACCCCUAGAGAAAGUUCUAGCAAAAUACAAAGCAAAAAAAGAUUCAACCCUGCAAGAUCAAGAUAAUAACAAAAAUGAAGAAGCAAAACCAGGAAGCUCCGGAACCUCAAAGCCUUUGUCGCCGCGAUUACGGGGAAAAAGAAAUACAGGAAAAAGUCCAGAAAAUGAAGCUGCUUGUACGUCUGCGUAUUUAUCAGGCGAAGGUACAAGCGACAGUGUAAAUUUUUCAGAACCAAAUGAUGAUUCCGAAGUAAGCAGUUCCGAAGCUAAAUGUAUUUUUGAAAAGAAAGUAAAUGAAGAAGAAUGCGAAAUGAAAUCAAGUGAAGCAAUUUCAGUUAGUGGGGGAAUAUCAAAAACAAAUGGGGAUAAAAUUAUAACGGAACCAAUAGCACCUGCAUCAACAUCAAGUAUACAAAGUAGUACUUCUCCCGAUAGUUCAGUAUCAAAUUCAAUAAAGGACGUUCAAAAUGGAGAUUUAAAAACUGAACUAUCUUCAGGUGUUUCAUCCUCUACCUCAAAUAACGAAAAUGGGCCAAAACCAAGUGAACCAGAAAAUAAAGAGAAUAGUGAUUUGGACUUAGAUGACAAAGAUUAUGUGUAUUUUGAAGAAGAAGAAGAUGAAGAUUCCAGUGAGUGCGAAGAAUGUAGCGAGGAAUAUGAUGAAUAUGAAAAAGAAUUCAAUGCAGAAUCCUCUGACGAGGAAGCUGAUGAUUGGAUGUAUAAAGAUGAUACUUAUGGGGAUGAUAAAUUUUGUGCUAACAUGAUAGAAGAACCAGGAAAGGAUAGUGGAUGUACAGCUGUAGUUGCACUUCUAAAUGGCCGAGAUUUAUAUGUUGCCAACGCUGGCGAUUCUAGAUGUGUAGUCUGCCGAGGUGGUAAAGCAAUUGAUAUGAGUAUUGAUCACAAGCCAGAAGAUGAUGAAGAAUUAAAAAGAAUCAAAAAAGCUGGAGGACAUGUAACUUUUGAUGGGCGUGUUAAUGGUGGAUUAAAUUUAUCAAGAGCAAUUGGAGAUCAUGCAUAUAAAAUGAAUUCUAAAUUGAAACCUGAAGAACAAAUGAUCUCAGCUCUACCAGACGUGAAAAAAUUAAUCUUAGAGCCCAAUGAUGAAUUUAUGAUACUUGCGUGUGACGGUAUUUGGAAUUACAUGUCAAGUGAGGAAGUUGUAGAGUUAGUUAAAGAAUUUAUAGACGAGGAUUUUGAGGAAAUGUCUUCCAUCUGUGAAGAACUUCUUAAUACAUGUUUGUCACCAAGUACAUUAGGAGAUGGAACAGGUUGUGACAACAUGACUGCUAUUAUAAUUCGUUUUAAACCAACUAUUUUUGAAUUAUCAACAAAACUAAAUCCAGAUGAAACAAUAUUAAAUGAAGAGAAAAAAGUUUCGGAUUCAGAAAAACCUGCCGAGUCAACCAGUGAAACUGAGGAUAAACCACCAAAAACAAAAAAACGUUCGAUAUCGCCAACGUCCAGCGAUAACUCUGAUUUAACAUCAACAGCUGUAACGGGGAAUGAUUCAGAAGAACAAUCGAAAAAGCGCUUCAAGUCAAGUGCUGCCUCUUCAUCGAGUACUUUAAAUUCAGAAAUUUCUACAGAAGCUAAUAACAAAACGGCUAACAUUACAAAUGCUAUAGAACAAAAUGAUAAUCAAUCACAAAUGGAUACAGCUACAGUCGAACCUGAAACACUUGUUACAGGUGCUGAAACGGGUGUCAUAACAACAACCUCUGAGACUUAAUUUUGAUCUCUUGAGUUUUGGAAAUUUAAUAAUGAAAAUCACGAAA